ACACCUUAAGGUGAUACAAGCUAUAAAAGUCGGUAUUGUCACCAUGUGAACGCAGCAAGGUUUCAUUGACAGACUCUCUGUUUUGAUCACCGCCACCAUGCUCAAGUCUCCCGCUCUGGAUGUGCCACCCGAACCACCAGCCAAGCGAAGAAAGACAUCUCCCGAACCAGAGUCGGACGACAAUACUCCAGCACCCAUCAUCAACUCCACAGUCAAGGACCUCGCCGCACAACUGGACGAGGCCGAACGCAAAAAGUACGUCAAAGGCCGCAAACUCGGCAGCGGCCAAUACGCCGACGUCUUCUCCGCCCACCUGCUCUCCGACCCCAAACAAGUCUUCGCAAUCAAGAAGAUUAAGAUCGGGCCCGAAGUGAAAGAAUUCGGCAUCUCCUACGACUCGCUGCGGGAAAUCCGGUUCCUGCAGGAGCUCAACCAUCCUAACAUUAUUAAGCUUCAUGCCGUCUUCAGCACGAAGAGCCAGAAUCUGAAUCUCGUGCUGGAGUACUUACCGCAAGGCGAUUUGCUGAGACUGAUCCAGGAUACCAAGGGGACGACUUAUACCCCUGCCGAUAUCAAGGCGUGGAUGCUUAUGCUUAUGCGUGCGGUGCAUUUCUGUCAUGUGAAUGGGAUUUUGCACCGGGAUAUCAAGCCUAAUAAUCUGCUGAUUGCAGCAGACGGCUCGAUCAAGCUUGCUGAUUUCGGUUUGGCGAGGGCGAUGGCCGAUCCGUUUCAGCCGAUGACCUAUAAUACCAUUACCAUUUGGUACCGCCCGCCGGAACUGUUCUUCCAGGCGCAGCACUACGGCGAUGCGGUGGAUGUCUGGUCUUGCGGUGCCGUCUUCGCCGAGCUCAUCGGGAGAGAGGUCCUGUUUCGCGCGUGGCCGGAGACUGAAAUCAACAUGGUCCGUCUGAUCUGUGAGAAGGUCGGCACGCCCACGGAAGACAACUGGCCGGGCGUGAGUAAGCUACGAGGCUAUGUGACGCCGUCCGAGAUCAUCCCACUGCGACCGAAGGAGCAAUGGUCGGCUUCUUUCCGUGCGAUUGGCGAGGUGGGCGUGGACUUGUUGAUGAAGACGUUGACGCUUGACCCGAGGCAGAGGUUGACGGCGGAGGGCGUGCUGAGGCAUCCGUUCUGGACUAGCGAGCCACGGCCGAGCAAGCUGAGGGAUCUGCCGAGGAGAGGCGGUGGGAAGGAGACGAUGGGAGAGGAUCUGACGCAGAGGGGUGGUGAGCUGCCGACGGCAAACGGAGAGGGUGGGAAGAAGAGAGGGGACAAGGUGGCGAAGAAGCUUGAUUUUGGGAUUAUGACGAAGUGAAGUAGGAAGAGCUCGCAGCUGGAGAGCAAUUAUUCCAUGCCGCUCUUGAUGGUUCACGACAGCCGCGCUACAUCCCAUGAGUGUGGUCAUCAAACGUACGCCCAAUACUGCACGCUACAGGCAUCCUCACGGUCACGAAUAACCAACUCGGAUUUCGGAGGCGAACCUGUGCAAGUAGCUCCGCUGCAUCUGUUCAAUACACGAGCGUCCGGAUCCGAAAGCUAGCUCUGUUAGCUACAAUGGCGUACAUUUCGGUUCCGCAGCAGUCACAGCCGGAAGUUGUGCCCAAGGCCAGCCGGCCGAAGCCGGAUACCUGGC